AUGGCAGAAAACGAAACAUCCGAUUCGCUUCGUGUGAAAGGGAAUGAAUACUAUCGUAAGAAGGAUUAUGAGAACGCAAUCGACUUCUAUACCAAGAGUCUGAAUAUCGAGAAGACAGCUGCAUGCUACUCAAAUCGUGCUCUCUGCUACAUCCAACUAAAACACUUUGGAAAUGCGGAGGCAGAUGCAACAGCUGCCUUGCAAUGCGAUCCGCUAUUUGUGAAGGCUUGGCUACGUAGAGGAAUUAGUAGAUUGCAGAAAAAGUUGUAUCAGAAAGCGUAUUAUGACUUGCUGCGUGCGGAUGAGCUGAGUCCUGGAAAUAAUGAUAUCUUGAAACAGCUGGAUGUGUGCAAAAAUGAGAAGAACGUUCGGCAAGAUACCGUAAAUGAUUAUAUUCAAUUUAUGCUUGAGGAAAUGCAAAAAGGCUUUGAUGAAGGCAAUUCCAAUGAAGCUGUUAGUUACAUUCAAGAUAUUCUGGAAUUCCGCCCUUCGGAUAUUUCCGCCUUGGAUGGAGUUGCAACCUUGUUAGAAAAGCAAAAGGCGUGGAAAGAGGCCAUUCCUUUGUUAGAGAAGUUAUUCAAGCUGACAAAGGAUGGAGACGACUUGGACCGAUCCUGCCAGUUUAUGUUGCGUCGCGUCCACGCAAACAUCGAAUUGGGCGAGUACAAGGCUGCUCAAAUCGGUAUUACCUACUUCAACAGUCACGUUCGUCCCGAGAAACGGCAGCUGGAUCUUGCGAAGCGUAUUGACAAUUUGCUUCUGAAUCCUGCAAGCAACGUGGAUCGAGCUCUAUCGAUUGUUACCGAAAAGCUAGACGUCCCCGAAGUCCCGAAAACGAUGUAUGAACUGACCUUCCAACUGCAAAAGCUGAAAGACCAGGAUCUCCUUGUCCAGAGAUAUCUACUUGUAUUUGGGAUUGUUUGCUGGUAUCUAAUGUGCAGAGCAUUCCGCCGGAGCAUAUCGCUUCGUUGUUGCUGA